CGGGCCUCGGGGCGGCGGCGGCGGCGGACGCGGCCUGAGGGAGCGGCCGGCUGCCGCCUCGCCCGCCCGCCGCGGGGUCCAUGGCCUGAGCGGCCAUGUCCGGCGUGGUGCGGACCCUCAGCCGCUGCCUGCUGCCGGCCGAGGCCGGCGGGGCCCGCGAGCGCAGGGCGGGCGGCGGCAGCGGCGGGGCCCGGGACGCGGAGCGCGAGGCGCGGCGGCGCAGCCGGGACAUCGACGCGGGGCUGGCCCGCGAGCGGCGCGCCGUGCGGCGCCUCGUCAAGAUCCUGCUGCUGGGCGCGGGCGAGAGCGGCAAGUCCACCUUCCUCAAGCAGAUGCGCAUCAUCCACGGCCGCGAGUUCGACCAGAAGGCGCUGCUCGAGUUCCGCGACACCAUCUUCGACAACAUCCUCAAGGGCUCAAGGGUUCUGGUUGAUGCGCGAGACAAGCUUGGUAUUCCUUGGCAGUAUUCUGAGAAUGAGAAGCACGGGAUGUUCCUCAUGGCCUUUGAGAACAAAGCAGGGCUGCCCGUGGAGCCCGCCACCUUCCAGCUGUACGUCCCUGCCCUGAGCGCGCUCUGGAGGGACUCUGGCAUCAGGGAAGCUUUCAGCCGGAGGAGCGAGUUCCAGCUGGGUGAAUCAGUGAAGUACUUCCUGGAUAACUUGGACCGGAUUGGCCAGCUGAAUUACUUUCCCAGCAAGCAGGACAUCCUGCUGGCCAGGAAGGCCACCAAGGGCAUCGUGGAACACGACUUCGUUAUCAAAAAAAUCCCUUUCAAGAUGGUGGAUGUGGGUGGCCAGCGGUCUCAGCGCCAGAAGUGGUUCCAGUGCUUCGACGGGAUCACGUCCAUCCUGUUCAUGGUGUCGUCCAGCGAGUACGACCAGGUGCUCAUGGAGGACCGGCGCACCAACCGCCUGCUGGAGUCCAUGAACAUCUUCGAGACCAUCGUCAACAACAAGCUCUUCUUCAAUGUCUCCAUCAUCCUGUUCCUCAACAAGAUGGACCUCCUGGUGGAGAAGGUGAAGACCGUCAGCAUCAAGAAGCACUUCCCAGACUUCAAGGGCGACCCCCACAGGCUGGAGGACGUCCAGCGCUACUUGGUCCAGUGUUUCGACCGGAAGAGGCGGAAUCGCAGUAAGCCGCUCUUCCACCACUUCACCACCGCCAUAGACACCGAGAACAUCCGCUUCGUGUUUCAUGCUGUGAAGGACACCAUCCUGCAAGAGAAUCUGAAAGAUAUUAUGCUGCAGUGAAAGAGGACGCCCCUCACUCGCGCGGUCCUCAGCCGCCUCCCGGCCACAGGCCAGAUCUCCCCAGUGUCCCGGAGCCGGCGUCCCGACUCCGUGCCCUCCACACCUGGCUCAGGGACGCUGCGAGGCCCGCCGCGCUCUAGGCCGGACGACGUGACACUUUGAUGUUAGCUACUGAAUCCUGGGGACUAGUGAAACUACUGAAAAUCCAAGCGAUCACUUUGGUAUUAACGUGUAAUGCCUAAUAACACAGCUUCCUUUCUUUUUACAGAAACUUCCUUUUCUGACACAAUGUAAUCGAGGACUGUGUGUGUGCGCGCACGCUCUGUCUUUAAUGACAAAAACCCCAAAAGCGACGUCUUUGCGGAAGGCUUUUUGUCACCCGGUGGGGGUUCGUAGGAGGUGAAAGGAGGUGAAGUGCGGGCUGUCCUCACCACCUCUCCAAGGGAGCGUGUUGCCUUUUAAGUCUCUUGUGCCAAUUUCCCAAGAGGCCCUGGUCCCGGCUGUUAGAUCAGAGGGUGGAAGUGAGAGCUCGCGGGGUAGUCUUGCCUUAACACCCCCACAACCUGUGCUUCCUUCCUGGGGUGGAAGGUGUGGAUGCCUCCCCUCUGCACAGGGCGCUGCCUCUGUGCCCGCCUGCCCCACCCCUCCCCCGCCCCUCAGCAAAGACUGAAACCAGCUGGCCUUGCAGACGACUCUUCUCUCCUCCGAGGAGGGGGAGUCGUCUCUGACACCUACAGGGAGCUCUUCCUUCUCUGGAGGAAGCGGAGAGCUCCUUUCCUCUCAGGGGCUUCCCUAGAGCUGGCGCCACUGCCAACAGAGCCUUUGUUAACGCCCCAGGCUCUGCGCUGCCUUCCAGGAAUCAAGGGUCUCAUCGAGGCGUCUUGCUUCUACUAACGUGCACACGUAGCAGGAAGACUGUCGGACGUGGUCUUCUCUGGGUGAAACUGCAGAGGCUGUGAAUGUUGGCGUGAGCUGGUCAGUCUUACACUCAGUUAACUUGUCCAGUUACUCUGUCCAGGUGUCUUUCACUGUGUUUAAAAAUACAUUGCAUUCCAAACUGGUCCCCGCUGUGUAUUACUCUACUGAAAAGUGUCUGGCGUGUUGAGGACUCUUCCUAGCAUUUAAAAGAGAGAAAGCUUCCUCUGUCAGUGGCACCAGAACGUUCCUGUGGGUGAGCAGCCAUCCCGGCCCACCCCCAGGCCACGCUGUUCCCGGGCCUGCGUCCCUGGUGAGUGUCUCGCUCUCCCUCACCCAGCAGAUAAACAGGCAGAUGCUGACCCAGAAGGGAAGGGAGGGGAAACCUGCUUCUGAGUCAUCCGUGUUACCAUGGGGCUUUAAUGAGGGGACAACAUGAAAUCCUCUCUCUCUGGGCGCCCAGGGCUUCCUGUCGAUGUUUGCUGGGGUUUCGGCUCUCUUUUUGGCUGGAGAAAAGUUGCUUUUUCUGUACUGCUUCCUGUGGCUCUUCAUAAACUGAAAGGACGUGCCCCGGGAUCGGGGCCAACGAUUGAGGUUUACAGGAAAAGAACAUUCUGGAUGGGCUGUGUCGGGGCUGCCGGGACCCCGCCGUCACUGCCUGGAGGGUGCCACCCGCCUGGGCGCGCUCCCCGUGGCUCUGGCGUGGCCGGUGGAGCUGCCUGUCUGCGAGGGCACCGGGGCAGCUCGGGCAGCCAGUGCUGUUUGUGCUUUAAACCGUCGGGUGCCGAUGCACACGGAAGCGUGUUCAUAUUGAGAGGCCGUGACUGUGCUGAGCGGAGCGGGAAGCGGUGGGGACGGCCCAGAACCGGCCCGCGCUCUCCCUCCUCACGGUGAGCUGAGCGGGCCCCCAGUGCCACGAUCCGUCGGCAGCAGAGACCAAGAUCGCUCUUCGCAAGGUCAACUGAAACCAUUGACAGCCUUUCUACACAUAGAUGACAGUCACUUUUCUCUCCAAAACCUUAGGCGUUGUUAUUUUUUUACUUUAAUUUCGCUGUUACCCUUGAUGAUUGUCUUUUUUUAUCGGGCUGUUGGAGAAGCGGGAGAUAGUUGUGCCUCAUCUGUUAUUGCAAAAAUGUAACAAUAAACUUCCUCAAACUAA